AUUCCUUUGGAAAGUAGUCUUGAAUGUCUAACUUAGAACGAACGUAUUGCUGUAAACAAAUUUUAAGAUAUUACAAAACAAACACUAUUUUUAUUUUUGCACCGCCUUUUGUAAACCACAAGAUUAGGAUGGAGCUUGACGGAAACCAAACAAAGUGUCCCUACAAUAUGUGGGGAAUCUGUCGCUUUGGCGAGUCAUGCCGUUUCAACCACGAUUCGAACGAUAAUACAGUGCCGGAACAGGAGCAGGAGCAGGUGGAGGAGCUGGUGGAGGAGCAGGUGGAGGAGCAGGUGGAGGAGCAGGUGGAGGUGCAGGUGGAGGAGCAGGUGGAGGAGCAGGUGGAGGAGCAGGUGGAGGAGCAGAUGCAGGAGCAGGAGCAACGGCAGGAGCAGCAGGAGAUGGCCAGUACGAGCACCUAUAGUCGUCAGAGGAUGUGGGCAAAUGCGCCCGUUUUUGUGCCCAGCGAAAAGCGAAAGAGUGCCGAAUCUGGAACGCUUAACGAGCUCUGCCCCAAUGUGAGCCAGUGUUUUUGGGGCGUGGAGUGUCCCUUUUGCGUCCGCCUGGAGCUGUGCCAGAUGUGCGACCUGUACUGUCUGCAUCCGCGGGAUCAGGAUCAGCGCAGGGAGCACAAUCGCGAGUGCACCCGACUGCAUGAACAGGCCAUGGAGCUAUCGUUUGCCAUUGCCCGUUCCAGGGACAAGAUGUGCGGCAUUUGCCUGGACAAGGUGGUCGAGAAGAAGGGCAGUGAGAGGCGGUUCGGCAUCCUGUCCCAGUGCAAGCACAUAUUCUGCCUGGCGUGCAUCCGCACGUGGCGGCAGGCCGAACAGUUCGAGCCUAAGGUAACGCGAGCUUGCCCCGAAUGUCGCGUUUGCUCGGACUUCGUCUGCCCCAGUGCCUUUUGGGUGGACACCAAGGAGGAGAAGGACAAGCUGCUCUGCGCCUAUCGCACCGCCCUAAGGGCCAAGGAUUGCAAGUACUUCAGGAGGGGCCUGGGCAGAUGCCCCUUUGGCAACAAGUGCUUCUACAAACAUGCCCUGCCCAGCGGCCAGAUCGUUGAUGUGGGCUUGCCUUGGCGAAAUCAAAAGCAACCGACCCGGAACCAAAUACCCAACAAUACUCGUCACAGGCUCGAAAUAUUAUUACCAUCUAAUUCACGCGAUUCCUCCGAUUUAGCGGAUGAAUUAUAAGGCUCGGCUCGUCUCAUCUCGGAUGCCCAAGAACACACAA